UUUUACUCCUGCUGAUGAAUCUUCUAAAUCAACCUUUGUGUGUUGUUAAGUUACAAGUUAGAGUUUUAAUAAAACGCAUGUCUGUCUUGCACAUGUGACCUGACACGAGCUGAUUGCAAUACAUUUUUAAAAAUAAAUAAUUGUGAAAGAUGGAAGAAACACUUCGUAAAUACUGUCAGCACUAUUUGACCGAGGACAUGUUUCCUUACAUUAAGUCUGGCUUUUUUGCAAUCCUGGUGGUGUCAGGUACAACCUUUCUGUUCAGUUUACUCAACAGACAACGCAUGCGCAUGAAAGUUGAAAGAGCUAUGGAGGAAGCCCGCAGUAAACGUGCAGAACAACUAAAAUCUUUAAAGGAAAGGUUACAGAAAUCAAGUCUUACUGAAGAAAUGAGAAAUAAAAUUCUAUCAUUAGACAUUGUCCAACUUCAGAGACGACUCAAAGACCGUUCAUUAAAAGCCAUUGAUGUUCUUCAUGCUUAUCAAUACAAGGCACUUGAAGCUCAAGAGGAAACCAAUUGUUUAAUUGCAAUAAUUCCUGAAGCUGAGGAAUUAGCUGAGAAAUGUGAUUCUGUGCCAUAUGUGACCAAACCUCUUCAUGGAAUUCCAAUCAGCCUCAAAGAAAACAUAAUCUACAAGGGACUUCGCGCAACCUGUGGCUUAGGUUUCAGCCUGUUGAGCCCACCUCAUGCAGAUGAUUCAAAUCUUGUUAAGUGUCUAAAAGAACUUGGUGCUGUUCCAUUUGUCACAACAAAUGUACCACAGUCUUUAAUGAGUAAAUCCUGUAAUAAUAAUAUUUACGGAAAAACUAGAAACCCGAUUAAAGCUGAUCGAUGUCCUGGUGGAUCAAGCGGAGGGGAAGGAGCUCUCAUAGGUUAUGGUGGAUCUAUUUUAGGUAUAGGAACAGAUAUUGGUGGUAGCAUUCACUGUCCAGCUCACUUUUGUGGCAUUUAUGGAUUAAAAACAACUACUACUCGCAUGGGGACGGGAAGUAUAUUUAAACCAGUCAAAGAACAAAUUCUUGUUCAGACUUCUGUAGGCCCAAUGGCACAGACUGCUGAUGGCUUGAUUAUGGCAACAAAAGCAUUGUUUUCUCAGGAGGUCUUUGAAAUGGAUCCCCAAAUAUCCCCUAUAGAAUUCCAGAAUCAUUUGUUUGAUGGCAAAAGAAAACUACGGAUUGGCUAUUAUGAGACUAAUAAUUUAGUUAGUGCUACCCCAGCCUGCCGUAGAGCAGUUCUUUUAGCAAAGGAAGCUUUGGAAGCCAAAGGGCAUACGGUGGUUGAUUUUACUCCUCCUAGGAUCCUUGAUGCUCUGGUUUUGGUCAUAAAUAUAUUGUGGUCUGAUGGAUAUUUGAUGAGCAAAUUGAUAAAAUAUGAAAGCCCAAGUAAGGAGUUGUAUUUUGUUACAAAAUCAGAAGGUUUUAAGAAAAUUAUUUCAGCCCUUGUUUAUCCUUUUGACAAGGUAGCAUCUAAAGUCAUUUAUGCAUCAGAUGGACGUAGAAAAUAUCAAGACAUAUAUAAAUUGGUUGCUGAAAAAGAAAAAUACGAUAAAGAAUUUGCUGAUGCUAUGCAAAAAGAUAAAUUGGAUGCUCUCAUCUGCCCUGUCAUGUCUUCAACAUCACUACUGACAAAGAGUUCAAGCUUUGGAAGAUUUCCAACCUAUUCUCUGCCCUAUAAUCUACUGAACUACCCUGGUGUGUCUAUGCCUGUUACCAAGGUAACAGAAGAAGAUGUAAAGGCGACUUAUAAAGCUAAAUCAUUGAUGGAAUACUCAGUGAAAAAUUCAAUUCCAGGCAGCGUUGGUCUUCCAGUCAACAUCCAAAUUAUUGUUCCUACAUAUAAGGACGAGCUUGCAUUACGUAUCAUGAAAGAACUGGAUAGUGAACUGAAGAAGAAAACCAACUAGCGUGUAUAAGCACCCUUACUUCAUCAAAUUCCAGUGAUGUAUGAUGACUGGUAUCACAUUGAUUCCACUUUAGAAGAAGGUUGAUAUUGUGUUGCAGGACCUUGGUUUUCUUUAUAAAGAAUAAUGGCAUUUAACUCCUAUUGCUUGUUUAAGAUGGUUAGCAUCUGUCCUUUAUUAUGUCUUGUUCAUAUUUGCAAUGUAGAACUUUAAAAUCACUAUUUCUCCACAUAUGGACCUAAAUUUAUUGUCAUGAAACUUUACAGGAAUUAAAAUAUCGAUGGCCUCUAACAUAUUGCAAGAAAAUCCAAUAAAACGAUCCUUAGUAAUACAAUACUGAUUAUUAUAAUAUCAGUAUUAUAGCCUACCCCACACUCUACCACCUACACCCCAUUCAUUUCAUAUUCUACACAUGCACCUCCCAAUAAUAUAACACACCCUACACUGUCACAUAUUUUACAUAAUCAACACCUGACAUUAAAACACAUCACACAACUCACACACCACAAAUAUGUGAUACAGUCACCACACAACACCCAAAGUACAUAACAAAACACACAAAGUAAAUAUGUAAUACAGUCACCACACAACACCCAAAGCACAUUGCAACUCACAUGCCACAAAUAUGUAAUACAGGCACCACACAACACCCAGAGUACCUAACACAACUCACACAAUACAAAUAUGUGAUACAAUCACCACACAACACCCAAACCAUAUACUCUACACAACAAGCAGAUGAACAGCUCAAGUAACAUCUGAAGGAACCUAACAAACCCAUUAAGUAGAAACCAUGCUAAGAGUGACACUGUAGCUCAACACAGGUCUCUGGUUCCCUCUUAAACAGUUCCAUCCAUGCCAGGAUAGAAAGUGGACGUUAAAUAAUGAUGAGGCCAAUAAGUCUCAAUUCUAAAACCUCAAAAGACAAUGUUGUAUGCACUUCAGUAAGAUACAAGUGCAUCUGGUGGUGCAGUAGGAACUCAGAGAAAGAUGUUGAGAAUAUGAUAAAAUAUAAUAAUUAUAUUAAUAAAUAGGAGUAAGAAUUUAUUUUAGUAUUUA